UUCUAUCAUUUUUGUUUUUUUUUACUUUGUAGCUAUUUUAGGGGAUAAUCAUCGUAUAUCCUUUCCAUUACAACUGAUAAAAUGAUUAUUACGCUGUAGUUUCUGUUAUUCCUUCUCUCGUUAUCGGGUUUUAUCAUCAUGGCCUGCUGGAAUUUGAAGAGGGGGAAAUUGCAUGAAAAUAAUAUAAAAUGUUCUCCUUUGUUUUCCUGUUUUCUACGUUGCCAGAAUUCCCGAAUUUCCCUUGCUAACCUUGCUACUAAACACAACUUGUGGAAUUUUACAAUGUUAACGGCCAAAUUCGUGGAAUACGGCCAGGGGAAUACCUGCUUUAAAGAAUAAAGGGAGGAAGGGAAAUCGAACGAAAGAAGAAAGGAAAAAAAUAUUGAAAGCCCGUCUCAGUCCCCGACCGUUGCUCUGAGCGCGGGUUUUUGAAAACAAGAUGGCGGCCGUGUCGAAUGUUUGUCUACCGGAGAUCAAACGAGAUCUUCUUCACGCGGUGAAAGAAUGUUCCGAGAGAGGGUUACUUCACAGUGCUAAAUGGUCUGCAGAGUUGGCCUUUUCUAUUCCAUCCUUCCCAUCAUCUGAUCAUCUCCCAAAAACUGAUUAUUAUGAUCCACAAUUUGUGAAAGACUUUGAUAGAUAUACUCUGGGGAAAACAUUUUUUGAUCUUAAAGAAUUUGACAGAGCAGCUUUCUUCCUGGAUGGUUGUACCAGUCACAAAGCGUACUUCUUGUACAUGUAUUCACGUUACUUGGCUGGUGAGAAACACAAGAAUGACAAAAUGAUGGAUGUUUUAGGCCCACAAGAAAAUGUGCAGAACCAGGCUCUGACUUCCCUGAGAGCUGAACUGUACAAGAAACAUAGAGAAUUGGAUGGAUUCUGUCUUUACUUGUACGGUGUUGUACUUAAGAAACUUGAUUUGAGAGAAGAUGCCUUAGAAGUGAUACAGGAAGCUGUCACUAAAGAACCGCUACACUGGGGGGCGUGGCUGGAGCUUUCAUCUCUUUGUUCUGACAAGGAAGUUCUUCAAUCACUGACCCUCCCCUCCCACUGGAUGGCUCAAUUUUUCCAAGCAAAUGUAGCCAUUGAUCUACAGUUGAAUGAAGAAGGCUUGGAAAGGUACGCCAACCUCAGCCAGGCUGGAUUUUCAGAAAACAAGUACAUCUUACUCCAGACUGCAUUGGUGCAAUACCAUGCCAGAGAUUUUGAUGCGGCCUGUGAGUUAUUCAAAGAAGUGCAAAAGAGAGAUCCGUAUUCUCUAGAGCACAUGGACACAUACUCAAAUAUUCUUUAUGUCAAGGAAAUGAAGCCUGAGCUAAGUUAUCUAGCACAUCACACUAACAGCAUUGACAAGUACAGAGAAGAAACAUGUUGUGUCAUAGGGAAUUACUACAGCCUUCAUGACCAACAUGAGAAGGCAGUCACCUACUUCCAACGUGCACUCAAACUGAACCCGCAUUACACAUCUGCAUGGACACUGAUGGGACAUGAAUUCAUGGAGAGAAAAAACACAUCAGCUGCUAUAGAAGCAUACAGAAAAGCCAUAGAGGUAAAUUACAGAGACUAUAGAGCCUGGUAUGGACUAGGACAGACAUACGAAAUCCUUAAGAUGCCAUUUUACUGUUUGUAUUACUACAGGCAGGCUCACAAAUUCAGGCCAAAUGACUCAAGAAUGUUAGUUGCUUUGGGUGAAAGUUAUGAAAAAUUGGACAACAUGCAACAUGCCAAAAAGUGCUAUUUUAGAGCGAUGUCAGUUGGUGAUUUGGAAGGAAUGGCUGUUAUAAAGCUGGCAAGAUUGCAUGAGCAACUUCAAGAAGACGAUGAUGCAGCCAUUCAAUACAACCGCUAUGUGGAGCAGACAGAGGUUGUUGGGAUACUGUCAGUUGCUGAUUUGUGUUCUGCAUACCUAUUUCUGGCAAAAUACAACCUGAAGAAAAGAAAUCUCGAAGCUGCUGAAAUGUAUGCUCACAAGUGUUGUGAAUUUAACGAGGGCAGAGAAGAGGGAAAAGGCCUUCUUCGGCAGAUUUCUAACAGUAGGUCAAUUGGAGAAAGUGAGAGAGAAAGUUCUGAUGCUUAUACCCAAGAGUUGUCGCUUGGAAAUAUAACUGCUGACCAUGAAGCAGUGAUGUCUCCAGUAGCUCCAACAAAUCUCGAUUUCAACACACCAUAGUGAUGGCUUGUGAAACUAUCAACUUGUGAUACAAUUUACAGCAGACAUAGCUAGCUUUGUGCAUACACUUCAGACAUCUCAGAUUUGACUUGCAAAGUUCUAUGUUGGUGAGUAGACAUAGCUCUACAGAAAUCUGGGUAGUAUCUGGAGGUGGAGAUGAAUUGAAUGCCUGAAGAGUCGACAUGGCUGGAAUAAUUUGCAGCUGAGUUCUUCCAAAGUGCAAGACUUAUUUUGAAGCUGCAGAAUAGUCUCUGAUCAGAGUUGUAUUUCCCCUUUAGAUUAUAGUUAUGAUAGCUAAGCCAACUAGCUAAGUCAACUAUGCAGUCGAUGAUAAUGCCUUCACACCUAAAGAGAAAAUUUUCUACAGUAAAAUUGGUAAGGGCUGGUGCAAGUGUAUAAAAUGUGUGACCACUAGUCACUUAGGACAAUUAAUGCCAGACAAGUUAAGAAAUUAAACAAGAAGAAAACUGCUGUGGCUAAAAAAAACAAUACAUCUGAAAAAGACCCUAUUAGACAUGCCACAUGAGUACAAUUGCCAUUAAAAACACAAACUUGUACAUGUCUUAAAAGUGUUGCUGUUAAGUUGGUACCCAGGGUGAGUUGGGGGGAGGGGGCAGCUGGCCACAUGGUACUGACACCGAUGUGCCACACAUCCUUGGGGAUUACAGAUUGCCAUGUUAGCACCAUGUUUGGUGUCAGUUUGGUUGGAAAUGCAAAUAAAGAGAUUUGGUGUACCGUUCUUGGUACCCUGAAAAUGUCCGUUUUCAUAGCGAUUCAAUUUCUCAUAGAAUAACAUCAGUUUCUGCACUUCAUCCCACAUUCAACACUCAUAUCAUGACAGUAAUGCAGUUCUGUGGUCUCUGUUUGGCUCUUCCAAAGCACUCAAAAUAUUAAUUUUGAAUGUAGUUUUAAUAUUAAUUUUUAAAAUAUACAUUGCCUACACCAUGUUUAUAAAACUUGUCAUAAACUCAAUUUCUACUAAACUCCUGAGUAAACUGUAUUUCUCCACCAUGAAUUACCCCAAUGGAAAACUUGCCUGUCGGUUUAAAUACAUACUAAAAAGUUUCAAAGUUAUUCUGGUCAACCCUGUCUCCCUGCUUUUAGCUUCAGUCUGUGGCAAGAGGCAAAAUGUCGCUGGUAUUUUUGCUUGUCUCACAAAGGAGGCUAACAGAAAGUUGUUUGAUGUAUUCAGGACACUGCGAUGGCGCUUACAUAACGACACUUUCGUGCUGCUGGGGAAACCCCGCACUCGCGCAGCAGACAUGACAAUACAGUACUCAAAGAUCAGAGAAGAUUGCUCUCAAAGAAAGAAUUGUCUCAGUGUUUGUUGGUUUUACAAACAGCUUUAAGAGGAACAGCCCACGAAUAGUGGACGUAAUAGCAUUUUUCACAAAACAUCUGCGUUUCAAGACCGCCUGCUCGAUUCAAUCUCUUUACACAAACGACUUUUGUUGCUGUCAAUCACAUGGCCAAAGAAUCAAUUUGUGAAAUCGAUUUCCUGUCAAAGAAACCGGAGAAAACCGGUUAUAGUGGUUUUCACCGAACCAUACCGCAUCCUGUCUGUCUGUAUCAAGUGUUGUCUUUGUCGAAAGGUUGCGUUAGGGUCUUCGGCAUGGUUAAUAAAUCCACGAAAGAACGAGGAAAGAAGGGAAAGCAAGUAAGCAUGGCCGAGGAGAAACCACCAACUGAAGAAGUUCGUCAACCCAGUGCGGAAGAAACGAAAGAAAGCUCUGCGGGCGAAGAAACAGCUUUGCAACCCGAGGUGAUUGAGGAAGAGAAAGCUCAUGGCGUCGACGAAUCAGCCCAUGAAACAGCAACCGAGGAGAAAGCGAACGCGGAAAAACCUGCCAAGAAAUCGCGCGGAAGACCGAAGAAGACAGAUAGCAGCGAACCAGCGGUUAAAAAGGCCAAGACUGGAAAGAAGGAGAGAUCUAGACCGGAGAGAACGAGCACUCGUGUGGCAAACCAAAGGGCAGGAAUAAAGCUACAAAAGACAGAAGAACUGCCGGCCGAGAGGAAAAGAUCGCCGACGAAAAGGGCCUCGAAGGACAAUGAGCUAACAACGGUCUCGGAGCAAAAUGGCGCAGCAGUGGAGGUUGCAUGAGACGACUGCAAACAUUCAAAGCGAGUUUAUCUUUUGUAUCAUACGCGACUAGAAAAAUACGUACGAUUAAGCUUUAUAACGCUAGGAAAAGCAUAUGUUCCUACUGGGACAAACUAGGUUUCUUUGUGUCUUUGUUUGUGUGGAACACCUGCCACUUUGGUUGUUAUAUCUACGAUCAAAAAACAGUUUCGACCUACGGUGAUUCAUGUUUUAGAUUAGACUUUUAAUUUGUACCACAUUGGAGGAGACUCCUCUCCAUGCCUGCAUUUUAAACGUACUUGUGUUUACUAUAAUUUUCAAAGAGUUUCGUGAACAGUGGGCAUUCUCAACUGAUGUGUAAUUUAUUUGAUUUUGGUGUGAAAUUUUAAUUUUUUUUGGAAAACGUAUAAAGUCUACGAGAAGAUAAGAGUCAAAACUUCUUAAGUACUUAAUGGAGUGUCCGUUAACAUUUCCCAUUUUUUCGUCACAUGACGUAUAGCUUAUUUGUAAAGCGUUACUAAUAAACCUUAUUCAUUGAUGAA